GCGGGGACGCCAAGCAUCUCGGGGACGCGGAGCGUGGAGGCCGUAGAGCUGUUCUGGCCUGUGGAGUAGGUUGGUCUCAAACUCCCCGCGAACACGAAUAAAAGAAACUGAGUAAGUUGGAGAAGAUAAAGUAUAUUCAGUCGCUAAUCCAGAAGAUCAGCAGCAAAGUAGGAAAUGCACAAUUUUGAGGACGAGUUAACAUGUCCCAUUUGUUACAGUAUUUUUGAAGAUCCUCGUGUACUACCGUGCUCUCAUACAUUUUGUAGAAAUUGCUUGGAAAACGUUCUUCAGGCAUCUGGGAACUUUUAUAUAUGGAGACCUUUACGAAUUCCACUCAAGUGCCCCAAUUGCAGAAGUAUUAUUGAAAUUGCUCCAACUGGUAUUGAAUCUUUACCUGUUAAUUUUGCAUUAAGGGCUAUUAUUGAAAAGUAUCAGCAAGAAGACCAUCCAGAUAUUGUCACCUGUCCUGAACAUUACAGACAACCAUUAAAUGUUUACUGUCUCCUAGAUAAAAAACUAGUUUGUGGUCAUUGCCUUACCAUAGGUCAACAUCAUGGUCAUCCCAUUGAUGAUCUUCAAAGUGCUUAUCUGAAAGAAAAGGACACGCCUCAGAAACUACUUGAACAGUUAACCGACACACACUGGACAAAUCUUACUCAACUUAUCGAAAAGCUGGAAGAACAGAAAUCUCAUUCAGAAAAAAUGGUCCAAAGUGAUAAGGAAGUUGUUCUCCAGUAUUUUAAGGAGCUUAGUGAUAUAUUAGAACAGAAAAAAAAAAUUUUCCUAGCUGCUCUCUGUGAUGUUAGCAAUCUGAUUAAUCAAGAAUAUACUCCACAAAUUGAAAGAAUGAAAGAAAUAAGAGAGCAGCAACUUGAAUUGAUGACACUGACAGCAUCUUUACAGGAGGAGUCUCCACUUAAAUUUCUUGAAAAAGUUGAUGAUAUCCGCCAACAUGUGCAGAUUUUGAAACAAAGACCACUUCCUGAGGUCCAACCUGUUGAAAUUUAUCCUCGAGUAAGCCAAAUAUUGAAAGAAGAUUGGAGCAGAACAGAAAUUGGACAAAUUAAGAAACUUCUCAUUCCUGAAAUGAAAAUUUCUUCAAAGAGGAUGCCAUGUUCCUGGCCUGAUAAAGAUGAGAAAGAAGUUGAAUUUUUUAAGAUUUUAAACAUUGUUAUAGUUACUUUAAUUUCAGUGAUCCUGAUGUUGAUCCUCUUUUUUAACCAACACAUAAUAACCUUCUUAAAUGAAAUCACUUCAAUAUGUUUUUCUGAAGUUUCUUUAUCUGUUUACCAAAAUUUAUCUAACAAUCUGCAUGAUUUAAAGAAUAUGCUAUGUCACACUUUAUAUUUACUGAAGGAAUUCAUGUGGAAAAUAGUUUCUCAUUGAAAAUUCAAAUCUGAAUUGUUUAAGUAGGCUUAUUCUGUAGAGCAGACUAAUAGCCAUUGCUAAAGGGAGAUACAGGGUAGGAUGGACAAAUAACAAAGUAAACUAUCAGAUUUACAGCAAAUGUAGAAAUAUGUUAAACCAUCCAUGCUGCUUAGCUAGAAAUUUGUCAGAAAUGAUACAUAAGGUGUCUUAACCAGAAUAUCUAGUUUACUUGAUUUAAUAUAUUAUCCCAUUUUAUUUGCUUGAGGUUGGUAUUAUCGUUGUGGCACUGAGAUACUCCUGUAUCAAUACUGUCUUUUAGCUUUUUUUUUUGUCUUUUAGCAUUCUGUUACUGCAGUGGAUAGUGUUGCAGUUAUGUAAAAAUAGUUUUUAGAUCAAAAAAUCCUUAAAGUGUAAAGGCCUUUAUUUUGAUGUGGCUUAAAGCCUUUGGCCAAAUAAAGAUGUUGAGUAGAGGUAUUAAAUUCAAGUAGCAAAGUCUAAGUGAUAAGGGAUUGUUUACAUUAAGGAUAUUUUUGAUCAAAUAUAUCUGAUUACCUGAUAACAUUAAUGUAUUUUAAGAUAGACUUAAGAGCCCUAGAAUGUUUAUCAAUCUUCAUUCCUGACAAAGCUAUGGCUUUUGGAAAUACAUUGUUAGGGAACAAGCAGUGAACUUUUUCAAAUAAUGGUUCUAUUUUAUUCUGUGGUUUGUGUAAAUUUAACGUUUUGGUUAGUGCUUUAGUCUUGCCAGUCAAAUCUGUUCUUGGAUAAAAACUCAAAACAUGUUACUAGCAUUGUAUAUUGUUGAUAACUUCCAUCAUUAGAUUUAGGUGGCAUCAUGCUAACUCUAUUUGUCUUUAAAAAUGGUCUUUUUCUGCUAUUUGCUAAUGCUAUUAUCAAAGUACCAAUAAUUUAACUUUCUUAAAUUUUGCUUAAAUGGGAGCCUGUGUGACUAUUUAGUCAAAUCCCUUUGAUUAGUUCCCUUAUUGUUAAUAGGGACUGGAAUUGUGGUGCUUGUGGUAGGACUUCUGGCUUGCCCCUUUUGUUCAUGAAAAUGUUAAGUAAAAGAUCAUUUUCCAGAAAUUCCAAAUUGGCUGUUGCUCUUAGAUCCAUUCCUCCCUAGGAGCCCUAUGUAGUUCAGACUUUCAGGUCAUUUUGGGGAAUGCUCCUGGUCCUAUACUACAUAUAAAUUAUGAGUUAAUAUGGCUGUAGUUUAAAAUGUUCCUAAUGUCUUAUCUGCUGAGAAUAUCAACACAAAGAUGGCUGGCUGUAUUAAGUCAAAUACAUGACCAGAAUCAGAAUAUAUAUAUAGCACAAUUAUCAAU